AUGCUAGGAAGUGCUCGUGCUGCUGUGCCUCGUAUUCUGCCCCGCCGCGUCCCGGCUGGCGUGCGCACUGUGAUCACCAAGAGUGAGCGCUGGACCCCCGAGACUGCGCGCAAUGCCCAGCAGAUUAUCGAGGGCCCCCAGUCGCAGGACCUCUCGAAGGUCCUGCCCAACAUUGAGGGCAUGUGGCCCAACAUGGCCAAGGAGGAGCAGUACUCCGUGUACAAGGCGGUCGAGGAGCUCCAGCGCAAGAACUGGAAGGAGCUCUCUAUGGACGAGAAGAAGGCUGCCUACUUUGUCUCGUACGGCCCCUACGGCCCCCGCAAGGCCGUGGUGCCCCAGGGACAGACCGGCAAGGUCGCUCUCGGUGUUGCCGUGGGCGUGCUGCUCGGCUUGGGCGGCUUCUACAGUACCCUCACCAAGGAAUACCAGGAGCAGAUGACUGCCCGCGCCAAGGAGACCAAGCAGAACCCGAUCUCUGGUAUCGCCAGCGAGGGCUACAAGGGCAAGGGCCACGUUGCCUAA